UCUCAAAAAUCGCAAGAACACGAUGCACAGACACAUCAUCACGAACACGAGAAUGCUGCCCCACGCAACAUCAAAAAAGUCUAUGGCAAGGCAACCGAUGGCCGAAACGGCCCUCAACCAUAGCUGCAUUUGCAGGCCACUCGCAUCGUCCGCCGUACCCUCCCCCGACCCCCGCCACCUUCAAAGAUCCCGUGACGCCUCCUUAACGGCGGACACAAACGCGCCCGCCGCCUCUGGGGUCAUGCCGGGCUGCAUCCCGUGGCCCAGGUUGGCGAUGUACCUCUUUUUGCCGAACUUCUUGACCAUGGCGAUCGUGUGCUUCCUGAUGAUCUCUGGGUCGGAGUACAUGGCAUGUGGGUCGAGGUUGCCCUGCAAGGUCAGCUUGUCGCCGAACCGCUGACGCAUUUCGUGGGGAUCUGCGCUCCAGCCGAGGGAGAUGGCGUCGUAGGACGAGUCGGCGAAGGACGCAAGGGGCAUCUCCUUCGGGAAGGCGAUCAGGAUGGCGUUGGACCGCGCCUUCUUGACCUCGUCGGCGAUCAUUCGCAUGUACUUGGCUCCGAACUCCUCGUACAUGUGCGGGGACAAGACACCUGACAGAAAUGAAGACAGUGCAGGCAGAUACUGAGCGAGAACGCACCCCACCACAGCCCCUCCGUCGCUCUGCUUGUCGCACCUGCGUUGGUGUCGAAAACCUGAAGUAGCUGCGCGCCGGCAUCAUACUGCAUGAUGAGGUAUUGCGCACUGAUCCUGGCGAUGCCUUCCAGCAGCUUGUGACUGGCCUCCGGGUGGUCGUAGAGCCACCUCUUGGCCCCCUGCCAGUCCUUGCUGCUCUCGCCCUGCACCAUGUAGGCCAUGAUGGUCCACGGCGCGCCGCAGAAGCCGAAGACCGGGAUCUCGUUGUCGAGCUUCUUCUUGGUCGUGUAGAUGGCGUCGGCGACGUAGCCGAGGGUCUCCUCGACGUCAGGGUUAAAGUUGAGCUUCUCGAGGUCUGCGGGCUUCUCGAAGCCGUAAUCGAACACUGGCCCCCUUCCCUUGAUCAUCUGCAGCGGCUGACCCAUCGCCACGGGGAUGACGAGAAUGUCAGAGAAGAUGAUGACUGCGUCGAGAGGAUAGCGGCGGUAAGGCUGCAGGGUAACCUCGGCCGCAAGCUCCGGAUCUUGGCAGACCUUGAGGAAGUUGUGCUCGGCGACGAGCUCCCUGUACUCAGGCAGGUACCUCCCCGCUUGCCUCAUCAUCCACACCGGCACCUCAUCAACCUCCUCGCCACGCGCAGCCCGCAUGAUCCUGUCAUUCUUGGGCGUUGGCCACUCGCCCUUGUUGGCGCGUCGCUCAGCGCUGAUCUCCUGCUUCCUCUCGGUGGAGGUUUCGGUCACGACUGCCUGCAUGCAGAGGGGGCGGGCCAGACGAGAGCGCAGAGCCCGGCUGUUGGAAGAUCUCAACCUCCUGAGGGGUGCUGACGACAGGAAGCCUGUGGAAGAGGCCUUCUGAGGGUGGAGGGCGAGAGAAGCCGCGACUGCUGCCAAGAGGAUGAUGGACAUCGUUGGAACGGACAUAUAUGCCGAGAAGAUCUUUCCUCACAGCAGGGGUCUUUCC